AUGGAACACCCCCCCCUGCCCCUCGCCGAAGGGCGGAGUCUCAAUGAGCCCUAUAAAAGAGGGACGCCACAACCGACGACCUCAGUUUCGAAUUCCGAUCUUCUAACAACCAUCAUGCCUUGCUGUAAGUUUUUAUUCCAAUUCUCCGUUCUCAGAAAUUCUGAUUCCGAUUCUUUUGAGGAGAAAGAGGAAUUUCUGAGAAUUUGCUCUUGAGGAUUUUUAUGACUAACAUAAUACGGUAAUCGAAAAAUGAGUUGAAAGAAAAUUUUUAAAAAGGAUAAAAAAAAAGAUUUGCAUGAUUUUUUUUUUCAUUUUUAUACCGUGUUGUAUAUUUGUAUUGUAUAUAAGACAAUUUUAUGUUCUUUUUUGAAACCUUAAUCAUGAUCCUGCUUUCAGACUCUGAUCAGGAACCCGCCCCAGCAGCUCCCCAGAAGGAGUGUUGCGCCGAGAAGGAGUGCUGCAAGCACGAAGGCGAAGAGGAGUGCAAGUGUACUGACUGCAAGUGUUGUAGUGGAGAAGAAGCCGAGGCUCCCAAAGAGGAAUCUGCAUAA